AUGAAACCGGAAGUUCCGGUCUCAAAUCCUUUGGACUACUAUAUGAGAGUGAGUCUUAAUUUUGAUGGGGCUCUUACCCUAAACUUUCACUCCAAAGAUCCGUCUGCUGCAAAUGAAACAUGGACAACCAUAACAUCAAUACCGGAGGAUGUAUGCUGGUCGAUAAAAGGAGAAAUGGGAAGUGGAGUAUGUGGGUUUAACAGUAUCUGCUCAAUCCAAUCUGAUGGAAGGACAAAUUGCAUAUGCCCAGAUGGUUAUUCUUUGGUCAAUCCAGCUGAUGCAUAUGGUGGCUGCAGACCAAAUUUCUUACUGGGUUGUGAUAAUAGUUUCGGUCAUAUCUACCAGGAGAACCACUUCAUGCAGGAGAAAUUAAACGUUAAUUUUGCAUUUUCAGAUUACGAAGUGCUUAGCUCUAUUAAUAGGGAUACCUGCAAAACCGCUUGUUUACAUGAUUGUUUAUGUGCAGCAGUCGUUUUUGACCCCGAUAACAAGCGCUGUUGGAAGAAGAGGUCUCCACUUUCCAAUGGGAGAGUUGAAUUAUAUCCCACAACUUAUUUCAAAAUAGCUUCUAAUUCGUCUCUUGACAUCCCACCUCUUCCUCCAAAAGUCCCAGCUAAGGGCCAGAACAUAUUGAUGAUUGUGGUGUUGUCUGUUCUCUUAGGCAGUUCUGUGUUGGUCAAUUUUGUAUUUGUGGGUGCAACAUGUAUGGGUUUCUUUAUGUUCUUGAAGAGGAAUCUCCUUGGACCUGAAAUUUCUCCAAAUGAAAGUUCUAUCGAAAACAGAUUGCAGCAAUUUACCUACAAGGAGCUGAUAGAGGCCACAAAUGGAUUCAAGGAAGAGCUAGGAAGAGGAUCUUGUGGGAUAGUUUACAAAGGUGAAACGAGAUCAACUGGUCUUAUUGCCGUCAAGAUGUUAGACAGAGUGUUUGAAGACAUUGACAGAGAAUUCAAAGCAGAAGUUAACAUUAUAGGCCAAACACAUCACAAGAAUCUUGUCCGGCUAGUUGGUUAUUGUGAUGAGAAACAGCACAGACUGCUGGUUUAUGAGUUCCUGAGAAAUGAAACUUUAGCAAAAUUUCUAUAUGGAGAUCCCAAACCCAGUUGGAAACAGAGGACAGAAAUAGCAUUUGGGAUAGCAAGAGGACUCGCUUACUUGCACGAUGAAUGCAGCAAACAGAUCAUACACUGCGACAUAAAGCCUCAAAACAUACUUCUGGACGAGUAUUACAAUGCUCGGAUUUCUGACUUUGGGUUGGCGAAGCUUUUGCUUAUCAACCAAAGCCAAACGAAAACAAACAUCAGAGGAACAAAAGGGUACGUUGCUCCUGAUUGGUUCAGGUCUGCACCGGUGUCUGUGAAGGUUGAUGUGUACAGUUUUGGAGUGGUGCUGCUAGAAAUCAUUUGCUGUAGAAGAAAUGUCUUAGAUACGGAGGUUGAUGAGGAAAAUAAAAGAAUUUUAACUGAUUAUGCUUUCGACUGCUAUUUGGAAGGGAAGCUGGAUGCUCUGAUUGAAAAUGACAUGGAGGCCAUGGAUGAUAGGAAGAUGGUUGAGAGGUUUGUCAUGGUUGCCCUUUGGUGCCUCCAAGAAGACCCUAACGUAAGACCCACCAUGAAGAAGGUAUUGCUCAUGCUUGAAGGAAUACUUCAGGUUUCAGCUCCGCCUGCUCCAUUUUCGUUUACUUCCACAAAAAUUGAGCAUUAGAUAUGCAUCUUAGUAAUAACAUAUAAUAGAGUGCACCUU